ACUUCUCAAUUGACAUUUAUUAUUCUCAUAGUAGGCGUUGUUUGCAACUAUUCUGUACGUGUAAAACUCGUGCUUGAAUUAAUAGGAUUUUUGUUGGUGUUCCUCAAGGAAGUGUAUUGCCCUUAUCGUUGGACAAAAGCUGAUUUCGGAGGCGCAUGUGGCUCUUUCAUUAAGAAUUUGCGGCUCCCAGCUUUCGCAGUAGUGAUGGCGCAAAAUAAGUUGGUAGGACCACCGUUUCUGGGAAAGAGGCAGUUCUUCAACUUGUUCAUAACGCUACUGUUGGCCGUUACGGAAGCCGCGAGAAGAUCAUCGCCUGCUGGAUCAUGGCUGAGGAUGGGAAUGCUGACGAGCGACGCUCUGAAAGGGGAGGAAGCGCCGGGUUGCCAAAAUCUUCCUGGACUCAGUGUGGGUCAAAGCAGAUUGUGUCAACUGUAUACCGAUCAUAUGACUCCGGUAUCCGUGGGUGCUAAACAGGCUCUCCUGGAGUGCAGACACCAGUUUCAGCAUAGGAGAUGGAACUGCUCUCUUCUGGACGACGUCAACGUCUUGGGACCAGCCAUUAACAUCGCGAGCAGGGAAAGCGCUUUCGCUCACGCCCUGUCCGCCGCAGGAGUGACUCACGCCGUGGCCAGAUCCUGCAGGGACGGACAGCUGCAAUCCUGCGGCUGCAGCCGGAUGGGUCGGCCGCAGGAUUUGAGGAAGGAUUGGGUGUGGGGAGGAUGUGGAGAUAACCUGGAGUACGGAUACAAAUUCACACAGGGUUUCGUGGACGUUCGAGAGAGGGAGCGUAAGUACAAGAGAGGAACCAGGGAACAAGGACGAUCCCUCAUGAAUCUCCAUAACAACGAGGCAGGAAGAAGAGCGGUGAUAAAGAAGUCGAGGGUAACUUGCAAAUGUCACGGAGUGUCUGGCUCCUGCUCACUGAUCACCUGCUGGCAGCAGCUGCCGACCUUCAGGGAAGUUGGUGACUUUAUACGUGAGAAAUAUGACGGUGCAACGGAGGUGAGGGUUAACAAGAGGGGACGUCUUCAGCUUGGCGAUCCAAGAUACAGGGUGCCCACCGCAAACGAUCUUGUGUACCUGGAGGACUCUCCCAAUUACUGCGUCGCUGAUCCAACCAUAGGUUCUUUAGGAACGACGGGACGAUCCUGCAACCGAACCUCGCAGGACAUGGAUGGCUGCAACCUGCUGUGCUGCGGUCGAGGCUACAACACUCUGAAGACGACGAUACGAGAGAGGUGCAACUGCAAAUUCAAAUGGUGCUGCGAGGUGCAAUGCAAGACGUGCAUCAAGACCAUCGACGUGCACACGUGCAAAUAACUCCAGAUCCAGAUUCUUCGUCUUCUUUUCAUUCCUUUGCUCACUCGUUUAUACUCGUUCACUCGUUUCGCAUACAUUUCAAGCUUCAUCUCAACAUGUAAAUCACAAUAUGUUUGAAACAUUCCGAUGCUCAAUUAUGUCUUAAUUAAGACUUCUCCAAAAUCAUAACUUGCUGUUUUUUUUUUCAUAUAAUUUUAAACAUUGUAUUCCUAAUGGAGCUUCUGCAGCUCCCAAGAUAGAUUUAAAAUAAGCUACUCCUCGUCUGUCCCGCAAUGAACUUGAACUAGUUACUAAGUAACUGGGAAAUAUAGUAUUAUUUAUUUAUAAUCGCACUGUAAUUUAGUACAAAAAGGCGUUGUUUGUUUGUUCAGUGUGUAGGCUUAGAUCUAAGAAAAUUAUUUAUUACCUGUAUAUAACUAUAAGUAUUCUAGAUU